AUGCUCUUCUUCACAGCAGUCGCUCUCGUCUCUUCUCUCGUCUCCCCAGUCUUCGGUGCAUCGUACCAGCAAACCGACAGUUUCGUCGGUUCUCAGUUUUACUCUGGUUUCUCGCAUCAAACGAUUUCCGACCCUACCAAUGGGCGUGUAAAUUACGUCGACGUUUCAACAUCUAAAUCACGCAACCUAACCUAUGCGUCUGGUGACACCUUCAUCCUACGCGCUGAUGAUACGACCGUCUUAAGUGCAAGCGGACCCGGUCGUAACUCCGUUCGUCUGAUGUCGAACAACCAGUACAACAGCAACAGUGUCAUGGUAUUCAACAUCCGGCAUAUGCCCCAAGGAUGUGGCACCUGGCCUGCAGUAUGGACUGUGGGGAAUAACUGGCCCAACGGGGGAGAGAUAGAUAUUAUCGAAGGCGUUAACAACCAGGCAUACAACCAGGCUACUUUGCAUACCUCAUCCGGAUGCACGAUGCCUAGUAGUUCACGCGCUCAGACUGGAAUUUCUCUCGUAAACGACUGCAACGCAAACGAUAACGGUAACUCAGGAUGCGGUGUCCAGAUACAGAAUGCGAAUAGCUACGGAUCGGGCUUCAACAACAACGGCGGAGGCUGGUAUGCUCUUGAGUGGACCGGUUCCUUUAUCAAGAUCUGGUUCUGGGGCAGGCAUGAUUCCAACGUCCCCUCUGAAGUCUCAAACGGUAGCGGUUUCGUCAACACCGACAGCUGGGGAACCCCCGCCGCAUAUUUCCCGGGCAACUCUUGCCCAAUUGCGAGCCAUUUCAGUGCCCAGAACAUUAUUAUUGACUGUGGCGAUUGGGCUGGAAACGUCUACGCAAGCUCCGGUUGUCCUUCCUCCUGUGUUGAUUUUGUCAACAACAACCCCAGUGCCUUCGCUGAUGCUUACUUCGACUUUGCUUGGGUCAAGAUAUAUGACUGA